UCGGAUAAAAGGUCUCUCCCCGUCUCUCUCGAUGUCUGUUAUCUCUUCAAGCUCUCUGCCUCUCUGCUUCAAACCUCCUCGUUUCCAUGGACCAGCAAAACCUCUCGAUCUUCUCUUUCCGUUCCUGAUUUCCAAAUCUUCUCGCUCCAGACCUCUCGUAUGCUUUUCUGUCUCGCCUUCAAAUAGCUCCAGCUUCGAUAGGGAGGAGGCGAGGUGGCUCCGCGAAGAGCAGCGGUGGCUUCGGGAGGAGCAGCGGUGGAUGCGGGAGGAGCAGCGGUGGCAGGCCGAGCGGGACUCCCUCCUCCGCGAGAUCACCGCUCUCAAGCUCCGGAUUCAGGAGCUCGAGCUUCGCCAGGGCGAGAUCCACGGGGUCUCUCUGGCGAACAUUGCUGCUGCGCUCUUGCAGAAGGGAGAGGCGCUGAACCAGAUCGCCGAGAGAGGGUCCGGUGCGGUGCCGAUGGAGCUGGAGGAAGUGAAGCAGGUUGUUGGCGAGGCCGUGGAGAGUCGGAAAACGGAGGAUGAAGUGAAGCAAGUUGUUCGAGAAGAGGAAAAGCGGUGGGCGACGCUGAGGAAGGGGUCCGAAGGAGAGGAUGUUCGAGCGAUGCAGGAAGCUCUGCUGAACUUGGGCUUUUAUUCUGGUGAAGAAGAUAUGGAAUUUUCCAGUUUCUCAAGUGGUACAGAGCGUGCAGUGAAAACUUGGCAAGCCACAAUAGGUUCCACGGAAGAUGGAAUUAUGACAGCUGAACUCCAGGAAAGAUUGUAUAUGGAACAGAAAAUUAAAGGUUCUGGGCCUUUUGGCCUAGAAGAAAAUGCAGAUCCAAAAGGAAGUGAUGUAACUGCUAUUAACAAGGAGGGCGGAAAUGGAGCUGCAGUUGCUUCUGUAACAGAAAUUUCGGAAAUUCAGCACACAGUUGUGGAAGGUGUUACAGAUGUAGAGGUGUCUCAUCAGCGAGUCUUUCUUCUUGGAGAGAACAGGUGGGAAGAUCCUUCUAGGCUUGCUAGUGGCAACAAACAGGUUGGUGGAGUGAAGAGCAAGGGUUCCACAACAGAAUGCCUUUCUUGCCGUGGGGAAGGUCGCUUAUUAUGCACUGGAAUUGUAAACGUGAAAGAUAAACAGCUAGCAUAAAUCUUUGGAUGUGGAUUUACGGAGUUACAUGUAAUUGGCAUGUUGAUGGAUAUGUAUUGUUGAUUGGAUGUACCCAUUUGUUUACUUAUAGAAUAUAAUGUUUAAAAAUUGAAAAUGUUCUACUUCAAAUUUUUUAAGGAUCGUUCUUCAGAAAGAAGGGGGUAGCUUAGUUCCUUGUUAUCAUGCUUAAAUAUAAUAAACCUUUUCUUUCAGAAGGAAAAGAUGGAGUUCAUCCAAUAACCAGGCUAACAAUGACAAAUUAGAAUCCAGAAAAGCACUUUUAUUGAGAAUUAUACUAUCUAAAGUUUUUGGCUUAAACUGAUAUGGGAUUCAGCCAAUUGAAAGCAGAUUUGUGUUUUUACAAAAAUUCCUAUCCAUAAUGACAUGCUGUAGAGUCUCCAAGAACACAAGUCAUUUAGGGCCUUCAGUUUUGAACGAGUAGGCAAACAAUUUUGUUAUUGCAUCAUUCUCAUGUGACUUUUUGCUCUUGCAAAUUUUGUUCUUAGUGGUUUACUCCCUGCCUGCUUACAGGAGUGGGAAAUUUUGUUUUAACCGAGGAUUGGGCAUUGGGUAGCAGCCUCAAGCAUGAUAUCAUUGGCUAAUCCCAAAUAAAUGUGAAACAACUUUUGGUUAUUAUAACCAUUUAUAAUUAGAUGGAUAUCCCAGUGCAUGGUUACAGUGCCUGGGUGGUUCUAAAGGUUUAAUUAAUUCUAUACAAACUAAGCUUCAAAGUCUGCUGCAAAAACAUGGUGCUAGAAAAUCCAUAUUAUAUUUGCCCCCAAGGGUACAGAUUAAGUGGUUGGGUCACGAUAAGCUAAGAUUCAUACUAAUAGGUUGUGGGUUCGAUUCUUUAUUUUACGUAGUGAGGCAAAGCAUCCACCUGCGAUUUACCUCAUCUGUCAAAAUUGAGGGCACGAGUGGCGGGAGACCGCGCAAGGACAGUAAUUCCAAGAAAAUUCAUAUUACCCGGCAAUACAAUCUUAAACCAUACUAUCAAACCAGGCAUAUAAUUUUCAAGUGCUUUGAUUUUUAAUCAUUGUUUAGAAGUGGCUAUGGAUCAUUGUCUUGAUUCUUUGAAAUGGAUAUCUUAUAAACUUGCUUACUAGAGUUGGGCUUUCCAUUACAUCGCCUUGAACAGCCAUUACAUCAUUGAUAUAAUAGUUAUAAUAGCCAUUGAUUUGUCUUUCAAAACAACUUC